CUGUAUCCAAAACCGAUUUAGCUUAGAUAUAUAAGUGGGUCACCGCCUCGAAAAAUGCCCCUCCAAAAGUGACCAGCCCGAAUGGCCUCACUUCUUUCCUUCCCAUUCCAAAACAACAACAACAACAAUUACAAAUUCCUCUUCAUUCUUCCUUUAUAACAACAUUCUAGUUGUUCCGAAGUUGAAACCUGCGCAUAAUAAAUACAGUAUUGAAUCGUCAAUACAACCUCAACAAACAUAUCUCCUUCUACAGCUAUCUACUAGCAACAACCCCUCCAAAAUGACAGAUUUCGUAUCGAUCUCGAAAUCCUUCGUGGAGUUCUACUACAACCAGUUCGACCAGAACCGAGCAGCCCUCGCUCCUCUCUACCGGGAUGGCUCUAUGUUGACCUUCGAGUCCAACUCUUUCCAAGGCACCGUUUCCAUCAUCGAGAAGCUCCAGGGUCUUCCUUUCCAGCAGAUCAAGCACCAGGUUGACACUAUGGACUCCCAGCCUGGUGUUGAUCCUUCCCACAUCAUGGUCCUCGUGACCGGUCAGCUUCUAGUCGAUGAGGAGCAACAACCCAUGCGAUACACCCAGUCCUUCUACCUCGUACCUGAGAAUAUCAACGGGCAGCUUCAGUACUACGUUCACAACGACAUCUUUAAGCUUGUCUACGGUUAAGCGCGCAAUGCAUGCGGAAUCUACGAUCGGAGGAAGUUUCAGUAAUUAGGGCGUCAUAUUAGCAGGCUAGCUGUAAGGUGCGAGCAUCCACAGAAGAUGAAGUUUUGCUAUAGACGGAUCAAUUGUGACGCUAUUUCGAGGACGUGCUAUUUUCCCAGAUAACCAAUCUGGUGCAAAUCACUUCUCUUCAGAUAGAUUUCGUUAAAUUUAAUUAUUCCACCAA